UGUGUGUGUGAGUGAGUGAGUGAGUGAGCGAGCUCGAGCUCCAGUGAUCUUCAGGCCUGCGUGUCUCUCUCUCUUUCUUACCCUUGUCUGUCGGACCCGCGCCCGUGUCUUUCCACGCAUUCAUUUCACACGCGUGUUCUACAGUAAGUGCGGUGGGAUCUGUGCAUGUGCGGUGAUGUUCUAGAGACGUCUGCUGCGCUCUCUCACUGGAUUACGCCUGUUUCCGCCUGUGACCUUUGAACUCUGAAGCGAGACGCAGAAAGACAUCUCGGUCUUGGUGACGUCCACUCAGGGCCAGAACCAUGUGAGGGAUUAUUGAACAGAUCUGUGAGUGGACUGGAGCACUGCCUGUAACCCCGCCCCAGUUUAUUGAAAUCCCGCCCCUGCCUUCAGCCCCGCCUGUUUCCAUAGAAACUCGCCAUGAUGUUCCGGGAUCAAGUGGGGAUUUUGACGGACUGGUUUAAGGGCUGGAAUGAGUGCGAGCAGACGGUGGCCCUGCUGUCGUUGUUGAAGCGUGUUUCGCGCACACAGGCCAGGUUUCUGCACAUCUGUCUGGAUCACUGGUUGGCCGACUGUACAGAGAUACACAUACUGGAGGCCGAGGCCAACAACGCAGCGAUUGUGAGCCAGUGGCAGCAGGAGCCGAAGGAGAAAGUGGUGUCUCUCCUGCUGUCUCACCUCCCCCUGCUGCAGCCGCGCAACACCGAGGCCAAGUGUGAGUACAUGAACCUGCUGCAGAAAGUCUUGAGUCACACAAUCGAGAGCAGUCUGUUCGUGGAGGAGAGCCGCCAGCUGCUGUCUUACGCCCUCAUUCACCCCGCCACCACCCUUGACGACCGAAACUCUCUCGCCAUGUGGCUCAAUCACCUGGAGGAGCAUCUGUCGUCGCGGCCGCCCCCGUCCGGACCGUACCAGCAUGCCCGGCAGGGAUCGGACGAGUGGCCGGGUUCCGCCGAGUCCCUGGAGCCGUCUUACGGCUGGCAGGAGAACCUCCCGUCCACGUGCAGCUCGCCGGCCGGGCAGAACGGGCACAUGGCUUUUCCCGGCAUGGGCGGCGUCACCUCGCCCGUCAAUAGCGUCGGCAACGCGGGCUCAACAGGGCUGCAGGUACAGCCAAGCCCGCUGAAGCCUUCCAUGUCACUCACCCCUGCCAAUCAGCUCGCCUGCAGCUCUGAUUGGCUGAACCAGGAGGAAGGGGGUGGAUGUCAAGGGGGUGCGGGAGCAGAACACGCCCCCCUGUCACCCCAGAGCAGCGUUGCAUCGUCGGGGAGCGAACAGACGGAGGAUCAGAGCAACACACGCAAUACUUUCCAAGAGGACGGCAGCGGAAUGAAAGAUGUGCCGGCCUGGCUGAAGAGUCUCCGUCUGCAUAAAUACGCGUCACUUUUCUCUCAGAUGACAUAUGAAGAAAUGAUGAUUUUGACAGAACGGCACCUAGAGUCCCAGAACGUGACGAAAGGUGCUCGGCAUAAGAUCGCUCUGAGCAUACAGAAGCUCAGAGAACGACAGAGCGUUCUGAAAUCUCUUGAAAAGGAUAUUCUAGAAGGUGGAAACGUUCGCAAUGCUUUACAAGAACUACAGCAGAUCAUCAUCACGCCAAUCAAAGCUUAUAGCCCGCCCACUGCUGCCCAGAAGGAGGUGGAGCCUGGAGUUACACCUGCAAAUAAAGCAGCCAAUCCCGGUGAGGAGACCCACAAUCCUCCUCCGUGUGAUGGAGAGUCCUCCUCUGCACCCAUUUAUGACGGAGAUAUUGCUGGACAAUUCACACGUGUGAUGGGGAAAGUGUGUACUCAAUUGUUGGUCUCCAGGCCGGAUGAGGAGAACAUCAGCUGUUACCUGCAGCUCAUUGAGAAGUGUCUGACACAUGAGGCAUUUACAGAGACGCAGAAGAAGAGGCUGUUGUCAUGGAAACAGCAGGUCCUGAAGCUGCUCCGCCUCUUUCCGAGGAAAGCCGUGAUGGACAGUGGAGUGUACCGGAGAGGGUGGCCGGCGUACGGCUCCAACUCUCUGCCCACAGCUGGUUCUGUGAGCGCGGGUUUGGGCCGGCGGGCACAGCGUCCGUUCCAGAUGCCCCCGCGUGGAGGAGCUCCUGCCCCCCGGAGCAUGGGACUGAUGACUGCCGGUGGUCUGACGGGAGCAUCACCUCGACACUCGCUCACCAGCCCUGCGGCCGUCACGGCGCAAGGGCGACAGAAUUUGUGGUUUGGGAAUCCGGGCGGCAGUAACAGCAUGCCGAGCCAGAGCAGAAGUUCUGUUCAGAGGACUCACUCGCUGCCCGUGCACACGUCUCCACACACCAUGCUUCUGUUUCAACAGCAAGAAUGCCAAGUGCCAGGAACAGAUUUGGAGAUCAACCCCACUCUGGAGUCUCUGUGCCUCAGCAUGACGGAGCACGCUUUAGGAGAUGGAAUGGACCGAACGUCAACGAUAUGAAAACAAACCUCGAGGCCGUCACGGAGUCGUCUGCCCCAGUAGCCCAACACACAUGCUAACAGCGAGCGAGCGUUAGCAGUCACUACAAAACCACAACAAACUAACUGUGUAUAUGUGCUCUAAUAUUUUUCUACUUUAUUGUACUAAGUUUAUUAUAAAUGGAAUACAAAAGAACUAUUAUAUUAGCGGGAAGACAGAAGCUCGCAGCUGAUUGGCUGGAGGCGUGUCAUCCGUAAGGAGUUGCUGCUGUCGUUCUGCAGAGCCACGAUCACUCCGUCAGUAGCCCAUGGUAUGAACUGAUGGCCGUUUACAUCCGCUUGCUGUGUUCACCUGUCGCUGCAUGCGCUCUCGCGUCACACGAGUGAGCGCUCCUGCGUGUUUGGGACGGACGUCUGCACCCUUAAUCUGUAUAUUUAUCCGUGAUAAUGUGGAGGUACAAGAGGUGUCUUAGCACUUAUACGUGACAUGUUUACCGCGCGUCACUACGGCGGCGCAGUGAUUUUGUAAAUACACAGGAAUAGAAAAAUCAUACGAGUCUUUAUGAAGAUGAUUUUUAUACGCAGAUGUCUGUGUGGGGGGAUUGUGGGAGCCGUCGUUUCAGAGAGAUGGAGCUGCGCUCGUCCCGCCAACGGCGUUCCUUCAAACCUUCGCUCCUCUAUGACUGACAGGGACGUCCACCGACGACGGAUGACUUCUCGUAAUGACUGACUGACCUACCGAUCACAAUCCAUUUCAUCAUCUCCCUGUCAUGAGAGGCCACUUCAGAGAUUCCACCAAUCGCAACGGUGCUUAUAAACGGCAGACGUGUGUUUAUUCAUGAGGGUUUGUGUUCUUGUGGAAUGGUACAGACCCAUCGGACCUCACAGCAGCAUCAGACAGAUGUUUGUGUGUGUGUGUGUGUGUGUGCGUGCGUGUGUGUGUGAUGUGAGCGGUCGAGGUCUCUGUCUGUUUUUUACGUCUCACGCAGAUAUUGAGAAGCGUCUCUAUAUCCAGUAAAACUUUAUUGACUGAAAAAUGUUUCUUUGUUUUUGUUCAAAUUCACUUUGUGUUGCUUCAGUUUAUUGCUUGAACUUUAUACGGCACGAGCAAUGUCCGGCUCAUAUUUAACUUCAAAAAGAAACAUUUUCAUGAAGAAAAUGAAGCCUAUCUUUAGGACUUCUUCAAAAACAAAAGCUAGGUUAACAAUGUUUUUGGUGUUGUGACGGUUGAGCCCACUCUUCUAAAAAACCUCUGUCGUUUGUAAGUGUAACAAGAAAAAUCGAUAGUAGAUCAAGAAUGAAAUCCAUGCUGUAAGACACACGGAGGCAGAUCAAUAGGCUUUGUUUUCUUUCCUGAAAAUCUGGACAGUACAUGUCUGUGUGUUUUCUUGAGGCUUUUGAUGGGAAAUAUAAGCGGGACGUUUGGCUCUUGACUGAUGUUGUGCUCAUCUGUUCGCUCAGGAUCAUCUCGCUAUGCAACUUCACAGAUGUUUCUUGUCAUCGUGACUGCAGAUGAAUUCAGUUUUAUUCUCAGCCAAUGAUGUGAAUAUUCGGAACAGUUUGAAAUAGAAAAAGAAAAACUGUUCAUGCUGAGCGGUCACAUAUGCAAAAAGGUCAAAUGAAGAUGAGAGAAAUCAUGGCCAAACUCUCCAGUGCACACGAGUCUUGUGUCAGACCUCACUGUGUGUGUGUGUGUGUGUGUGCGUGCGUGUGCGUGUGUGUGUGCGUGCGUGCGUGUGUGAGAACAGCCUGGUGCUGCAUCGUUCAUCAUGUUGUUCAGUGUGAGAGUGAUACGGGGUCAGGAACCCUUGGAUGGUCAAAAUCUUCUUCCUCUGUAUUCAUGGGGCUGAUGGGUCAAGAAGCUUUAAGAGAGAGAGAUUUGUGGUGGCAGCAUUGUCUUCUGCUUAUCUGUCUGCUGUUACACGUUCUGUCUGUCAGCCAGUGAGACCUCUGACUGUGAAUCUUUGUAAAGGCUGACUGCAGGACCAACCGCUCCAGAUCAGACGCCGAUGAACAGCGCUUGGCAUGAGCUAUUAUUAUUAUGAUUAUGAUUAUUGCUGACAUCUGGAGUGAUGGGACGUGUGUGUGUUGCUCUGUUUGGUUGAAUUCUUCUAAUAUCUUUGUCAUGCUUCUUAUAUGGAGAUAAUAAACUAUUCCUGUUUUGCUA